GUAUUUAAUCGUAUUUUUAUUUGUCAUCGUUUUCACACAUUUUAUUUUAUUCAUUAUUAAAAAAAAAUGUAUCUUAAACCUACUUCAACAUUUGUUAUACCCGUUCAUCCCAGUACUGAAGGGGCUGAUGUCCAAAAACUUGUUGUUGAUAAACAUGAAUUUACAAGCACCUAUUCUCAGGGCGCUCAUAAAAAGAUAGCCUUCUUGUUUUCUCAUUCUAAUGGAUUUCAUAAAGAAGCCUUUCAUCCUCUUAUGAAAAGAUUCUUAAAUCACCUUCGUAGUUUAAGAGAAUAUGAUGAAAUAGAUAUUACUUUUAUUAGUUGGGAUGCUCGUAAUCAUGGAGAUUCAGCUCGUAUCAAUGAAGGCACUUAUCUCGAGUCAUAUAGGUGGUUUGAUAAUGCAAUGGAUACAAAGCAAGUUAUUGAUAAUAUGGAGUUAAACAUCAAUUAUGACCAAUUCAUUGGUGUUGGGCAUAGUUUUGGUGCUACAUGCAUGCUGCUCUGUGAAUUUUUUUAUCCGAAUACUUUUAAUGGAUUAUGUGUCAUUGAACCAGUAAUGAGCAUGUUUAUGAUGGAUUAUGAAAUAAGAAUUCAAUUACCUGUACUUUCCUCCAAAAAAAGACGUGAUGAAUGGUCAAGCCGAAAGGAAUGUAGAGAAUCAUUUUUAAAGAGCCCUUUUUUUAAGCUAUUGCAUCCUGAAGUUCUCGAUAACUAUGUGAAUUAUGGUAUGUAUGAAACUGAUCAAGGCACAAUAAAACUCAAAUGUGAAAGAGAACAAGAAUAUCACGUUUUUAGAUGGUAUCAAUAUGAUACUUAUACUGCUUACAAGUCCUUACCUUCUUUAAAGAUUCCUACACAUUUUGUUUAUGCUCUGGAUUCUAAUUUCUUAGGACCUGAUGAUUCAAAUAUUGUAAAUAACGAAAAUAAGGAACAUAUUUCUGUAGACUUUGUUAAAGGAACCCAUAUGGUUCCAAAUGAAAUACCUGAGGUUAUUAUUCCUGAAAUCAUGAAAUUAAUUGAAAGAAUAAAUGCUGCAAGAAACAAGUCUAAACUUUAGAUAAAUAAACAUUUUAUUUUAUAAUUCUUC